GUGUCCAGCAGGGGGCGAUGUUUCAAUUUCUCAGCUGAAAUCGAUGGUCGUCUUGUUCGCGGCUGCGCUCUCAGUAACUCGACCUCAAACCCGGAUGUAACCAACGCCUAACCUGCCAGGAGAAAACGAUGCAAACUAUAAAAUGUGUAGUAGUGGGAGACGGUGCGGUAGGAAAGACCUGCUUACUGAUCUCCUACACCACCAACAAGUUCCCCUCAGAAUAUGUGCCAACGGUUUUUGACAAUUACGCAGUAACGGUGAUGAUCGGCGGAGAGCCCUACACUCUAGGACUUUUUGACACAGCAGGUCAGGAGGAUUAUGACAGGCUGCGUCCUCUCAGUUAUCCACAGACAGACGUGUUCCUCGUGUGUUUCUCUGUCGUCUCCCCGUCAUCCUUCGAGAAUGUCAAAGAAAAGUGGGUUCCAGAGAUUUCUCACCACUGCCCCCGCACACCUUUUCUAUUAGUGGGCACGCAGGUGGAUCUGCGGGAAGACAGCAACACAGUGGAGAAGCUGGCAAAGAACAAACAGCGCCCCCUAUAUCCUGAGAGUGGAGAGAAACUGGCCCGGGAGCUGAAGGCUGUCAAGUACGUGGAGUGUUCCGCUCUGACACAGCGAGGACUGAAGAACGUGUUUGAUGAGGCCAUCCUGGCAGCCCUGGAGCCCCCCGAGACCAAAACCAAGAGGAAGUGCCUUCUACUAUAGAUGAGCAGCAGCAGCAGCAGCAGCAGCAGCAGCAGCAGCAGCAGCUCUGUGAGGUCUGGUGGUGUCAGAGAAACAUAGUUGGAAGAUCAUUGGCCACUGUGGGAAAACAAAUUGACCAAACAGAGAGGGGUAAAAGGGGGGAGGGGGGGAGGAGGGCUGGGGGAGUUCGACUGAGACCCUCUCUCUCACACACUCAUGUGCCUUCAUUAAAAACGACAGCAGCCUGGCAGCAGUAAGUGUCACCGCUCUCCUUCUACAAAAGCUUUUUCAAAAUGCAGUGUUCUCUUCACCAACCUCUAGGUGGGGCAGGCCCCCCCGCCUGACACUGUUUUUUUUUUUUUUUUUUUUUUAUAGAAAGAUUCAGUUUUAUUUCUGCCUUCAUCUUUUCUUUUUUUUUCUCUCCUCAUUCUUGUGGCCAAUCUGGGUUUUUCUGGUUACCUUUAACGUUAAGUGUUAGCGCGUCGGUGACGGUACCGAUGUGAGGCCGACUUCAUGUUAAAUGGUACUGUUUUAGCUUUGAUUUCCGACCCUUUCAAUUCAAAUAUGAAAGAACAAAAGAGUAGUGCCACUUCAAAUAAAGCUCGUUCUCUGCAGCGGCGACGUCGGCUUCGCGUCGUUGUCGUACGUUUUCAUUUCAUUUCCUGUUUUAUUGUUCAAACCUUGUUAAUUCCGUGACGUUGUUCUGGGAAAUGUUGUUGUUUUGAAACUUGACGUCUUAUUUUAUCCAGAUUUUUUUUUUUUUUUUAUUGCUAGCCUACCAACUUUGAGUGAUUGAUAAUGUAACGAGAUGUAAUAUUGUCCAUAGUUCUUAAUCUUAACACAGAUUGAGAGGUUAACCUUUGAUAGUUAAUUUUUGGGGUGUUUGUAAUCACAGGAUAUUUUUAAUAAAAAUUGUUUAAUGAC